UGUGAAACUGAAAUUGAAUGACUAGAUAGAUUAUAAUAUCAGUCUGCAUAAAAAAAUUAAACCUUUAAAUAUUAAACUGUAAAAUUUGUUUAUUUAUAUAAAUCAUUAGGCAUUUUUAUUAUUAGUAUCACAUUUCAAAAUGCUGAUUAAAGUUAAGACGCUCACAGGGAAGGAGAUUGAGAUAGACAUAGAGCCUACGGACAAAGUGGAGAGGAUUAAAGAGAGAGUAGAAGAAAAAGAAGGCAUACCGCCCCAACAGCAACGUCUAAUAUUUUCAGGAAAACAGAUGAAUGAUGAAAAGACUGCACAAGAUUACAAAGUGCAAGGCGGUUCUGUACUUCACUUGGUGUUAGCACUACGAGGGGGAGAAUGAUCUGCUGUUGUGAUAAUUUCCAUUUAAUAUUUAUAAUUAUAAUUUUAUUUUCUCUUGUAUAAAGUCAACAUAACAUACUUUAGUACUUUUUUAUUUUGUACGUACUUUGAGAUAGAAGAUGAUCUAUAUCCAUCUAUAUACAUUAUAAUUUUUUAAAAAUC